AUGGUUUCUGCGCAGGGAUGUGGACUGGUCAAUGCGAAGCUGGACGAAUUCUUCUGGGAAUGGCUCAUGCAGCCGGAGUCCAUGCAGCUCCUACGGCAGAUCAUCCACAAUGCGGAGGAUCCCACGGCCGAGGUGCCACAGGUGAGCUCGAGUCCCCAUCAGCUCCACAUCCGUGGAUCCCCUGCAGGCGGCAGGCCUUCGCCGCCUGGAUCUCCUCAUCGGACAAAUGUCGGCUUUAGCAGAGAAGGCGACACGGAGCCUUCCGGCCACCUCCAACCGUCCUCCCCAGGGCACAGUCCUCCUGUCAGUCCUGUGCCAGGACCUUCACCGCCCAAGGAGACGGAUGUGCUGUCCCCUCCGCCGGAGCAUCCGAUCAGCCCGGGCAGUGGGCCAACAGGCGUCAAGAAUUCGAUGAUUGCAACGAAUGCCAAGACCAUCCCUCGUUUCUGGUGGCCCAAACGCGAUCAAAUCUCCGAGCUUGGCCAGGAGUACAAAGACCAGAUUCACGACAUAUUCGUGAAGCAGGGCAUCACCGAUGGGCUAAAGAACUGGGAGCAGUGCGAGCAGAUUGUCACUGAUGUUUUCAAGCUGUCGAAAUAUUUCGCCGCCCCUAUUUUCCACAAGAUGAAGGCCUUCUAUGACAUCGUUGACCGCAGCGCAAUUUCCAAGCGCGAUGCCAUGAUGGUUCCUACGCCCGUGCCGAUCACAGAAAUGAUGGUGGUUGGGUGGGCGAACCGGAAAAUCCAGCCUGAUGAUCCGACCCUGAGCUUCUUCUCAGUGGUCAAGAAGGACCACAAUGACUGGAUCGAGAAGGAGGACUUCGACGUCUUCCUGCAUGCUAUCUUGAUGACCCAUCCAGGCUUAGACUUCCUGCUGGAUACACAGGAGUUCCAAGAUAGAUAUGCCGAUACGGUCACCAGCCGAAUCUUCUACAUUUACGACAGGAAGGGGACGGGCCGAAUCUACCUGCAAAAUCUGCGGCGGUAUCAGCCGUCCAUCGUCGAGACGUGGAAGCAGCUCGAGGACUACGAUGACAUGAAGAUGAUACGCGACUAUUUCAGCUAUGAGCACUUCUAUGUGAUCUACUGCACGUUCUGGGAGCUGGACUCCGACCACGACUUCCUCUUAGACAAGGACGACCUCCUGAAGUAUGACGGGCACGCACUGUCUAGAAGAACAGUGGACCGGAUCUUCAGCGAGGUGACAUGUCGGUUCACGUCGGCUGUGCCCGGCAAGAUGGGAUACGAGGAUUUCAUCCACUUCCUCCUGAAUGACCAGGAUCAGAUAACCGACAGAUCAAUCGAGUUUUGGUUUAACAUCUUUGACUUGGAUGCAGAUGGUGUCGUUCGGGAUUAUGAGCUGACCGUCUAUUCUCUUUGUCUCCAGGCAGUGAUCAAGAACGCUGACAUGGCCGAGGACAUGCAACAGGAUGCCAUCGACUGUGCCACUCAGGCCCUGGAGAAGUAUAACAUUGAGAAGGACAUCGCUGCCUUCAUCAAGAAGGAGUUUGAUAAGAAGUACAAUCCGACCUGGCAUGCAGUUGUCGGACGCAACUUCGGCUCAUACGUCACGCACGAGACGAAGCACUUCAUCUACUUCUAUCUGGGCCUUGGACUUAACUUCGAUGCUCAGCCCACAGAAAGCUUUCCAAAAUACCUUGGCGACUUUUAUCAAGCGCAGGUAGAGUACAGUGAGACGGCCCUGUCAGAUCAGGUUGUGGCGCGCUGGGUGAAUGAUUCUUUUCUCUUGGUGCUGCGGCUUGUGAAGUUCUUCUACGAGGAGCAAGUGCAGCGCAUGGAGUGCCUGAACUACGAAACCAUCGCGUUUUGCGAUGUCUUGUGCCAGCUGCAUGACAUGAUUUGUCCGAGAGUUGCUGGAGAGUUCCGGCUCGCGGACUUCAAGCGCAAGCGCAAAUUUGCCGGCUCCUUCUUUUCGAUUUUUACGCCGGCGCCCUGGCAAUGCAGUGAAACGAUGUCACCGACUCGAUGA